CGGGAGCGAGGGGAGGGGAGGCGGCGCCCUCCUGAGGCGCGCGGCCGCCGCCGGGAGGUGACGGCCGCCGGGAGCGCGCGCGCGCCCCGGGAGAAGGAGGGCGGGCGGCCAGGCGGGGGCGCGCACGGGACGGUGUGUGAGGGAGCGAGCGAGGGGAGGGCGAUACCGGGGCGGAGAAAGGCGGCAGCGGCGGCUUCGCUCGGCUCAGGGCAGGCGAGCGGGGACAGACGCUGCCGAGCCGGGAGACACAGCAGCCGACGACGACGACUCGGGGCAUCCUUCCUGCUCUUCUCCGCCCCCUCCCCGCCCUUCCCCCUUUCUCUUUCUCUCCUUCCCCGCUGUCCUCCGGGGCCGAUCGCUAUCGGCGGCGCGAUCCCGGGGCGUUUCCGCGGCGCCCGUGCCGGCAGCGGCUGAGGGGAGAGUCGGCCCCUCCCCUCCCAGCCGGGACUGAGGGACCCCCCGCUCCGUCCCCGCCUCCCCCCCCCUCGCCGGGGCUCGGCGGAGAGGGCCCGGCCCCGGCUCGGCUCCCCGGCGGCGGGCUCGGCGAGGAUGUCGGGCGGCGGCGGCAGCCGGGAGGAGGAGCGGCGCAAACUCGCCGACAUCAUCAACCACUGGAACGCGAACCGGCUGGACCUGUUCGAGAUCAGCGACCCCACCGAGGAUCUGGAGUUUCAUGGAGUAAUGAGAUUCUACUUUCAAGACAAAGCAGCUGGAAAUUUUGCAACAAAAUGUAUCCGUGUCUCUAGUACUGCCACAACUCAAGAUGUGAUAGAAACUCUUGCAGAGAAGUUUCGACCAGACAUGCGAAUGUUGUCAUCCCCUAAAUACUCACUUUAUGAAGUGCAUGUCAGUGGAGAAGAAAGAAGAUUAGAUGUAGAUGAGAAGCCUCUUGUUGUACAAUUAAACUGGAACAAAGAUGAUCGAGAGGGAAGAUUUGUUCUCAAGAAUGAAAAUGAUACACUUCCUCCAAAGAAGGCUCAGAGUAAUGGCCCUGAAAAACAAGAAAAAGAGGGAGUAAUUCAGAAUUUCAAACGAACUCUCUCAAAAAAAGAAAAAAAAGAAAAAAAGAGGCGUGAAAAAGAGGCAUUGCGACAAGCAUCUGAUAAAGAUGACAGACUUCUUCAUGGGGAUGAUAUCGAGAAUUCUCGCCUUGCAGCUGAGGUUUACAAAGAUAUGCCAGAGACCAGCUUCACUCGCACAAUAUCUAAUCCCGAGGUGGUUAUGAAACGUCGGCGACAGCAAAAACUAGAGAAGAGAAUGCAAGAAUUUCGCAGUUCUGAUGGCAGACCAGACUCAGGUGGGACACUGAGAAUUUAUGCAGACAGUUUAAAACCAAAUAUACCGUACAAGACAAUCCUGCUGUCCACUACGGAUACUGCAGACUUCGCGGUUGUUGAAGCACUGGAAAAAUACGGACUGGAGAAGGAAAAUCCGAAGGAUUAUUGUAUUGCUCGUGUCAUGCUGCCUCCUGGUGCUCAGCACUCUGAUGAUAAAGGUGCUAAAGAAACUAUUCUUGAUGAUGAUGAGUGUCCACUGCAGAUAUUCAGGGAGUGGCCUAGUGAUAAAGGAAUACUAGUCUUUCAGUUGAAAAGGCGACCUCCUGAUUAUGUCCCAAAGAAAUCCAAGAAAAUAGCUGAUGGAAAGCCAUUAAAGGGGAAGGAAAGAGUUGACGGGUCUGGCUAUGGCUCUUGCCUUCCUCCUGAGAAACUACCAUACCUGGUAGAAUUAAGCCCAGGGAGAAGGAAUCACUUUGCCUACUACAACUAUCACGCUUAUGAAGAUGGUUCUGACUCCAGAGAUAAGCCAAAGCUCUAUCGUCUACAAUUAAGUGUCACUGAAGUUGGAACUGAAAAAUUUGAUGAUAAUUCCAUUCAGUUAUUUGGUCCAGGAAUUCAGCCUCAUCAUUGUGACCUCACUAAUAUGGAUGGAGUUGUUACUGUAACCCCAAGAAGCAUCGAUGCCGAAACCUAUGUGGAAGGUCAGCGUAUUUCAGAAACCACUAUGCUGCAAAGUGGAAUGAAGGUUCAGUUUGGGUCAUCUCAUGUAUUUAAGUUUGUGGAUCCCACUCAGGACCAUAUUAUUGCUAAAAGACCUAUUGAUGCAAGUCUUAUGGUCAAAGGUCCAAGACACAAAGCUGGAGCUGUUCAGGAAACCACAUUUGAUCUGGAGGGAGAUGUUCACAGUGGAACAGCAUUACCAGCAAGCAAGAGCACCAGCAGGCUUGAUGGUGACAGGACAUCAUCAGCAUCCAGCACAGCCGAACGAGGAAUGGUGAAGCCGAUGAUUAGAAUAGAACAGCAGCAAGAUUACCGCAGACAGGAAAGCAGACCUCAGGAUACCCAUGGACCAGAACUGAUACUACCUGCCAGUAUUGAAUUCAGGGAAAGUUCUGAAGAUGCCUUCUUAUCUGCCAUUAUAAAUUACACAAAUAGCUCGACAGUUCAUUUUAAGCUGUCACCUACAUAUGUUUUGUAUAUGACAUGUCGGUAUGUAUUGUCAAGCCAGUACAAACCUGACAUCACUCCUACUGAGCGUACUCACAAAGUCAUUGCAAUAGUCAACAAGAUGGUGAACAUGAUGGAAGGAGUUAUACAGGAGGUAGACCAGGUUGAUCAGAAGCAGAAGAAUAUUGCCGGGGCACUUGCCUUUUGGAUGGCAAAUGCAUCUGAAUUACUGAACUUCAUAAAGCAAGACCGAGAUCUUAGCCGAAUUACUGUGGAUGCACAAGAUGUUUUGGCACACUUGGUUCAAAUGGCAUUCAAGUACCUGGUUCAUUGUCUGCAAUCAGAGCUUAAUAACUACAUGCCAGCGUUCCUUGAUGAUCCAGAGGAAAAUAAUCCUCAGAGGCCUAAAAUAGAUGAUGUGCUGCAUACGUUGACUGGAGCUAUGUCCCUGUUGCGACGAUGUAGAGUGAAUGCUGCUCUGACUAUACAGCUCUUCUCCCAGUUGUUUCAUUUUAUCAACAUGUGGCUUUUUAACAGAUUAGUUACAGCCCCAGAUUCAGGGUUAUGUUCACAUUAUUGGGGAGCUAUUGUUCGUCAACAGUUGGGCCACAUUGAAGCCUGGGCAGAAAAACAGGGUUUAGAAUUGGCUGCGGAUUGCCACCUGAGCAGAAUAGUGCAGGCAACCACAUUGCUUACCAUGGACAAAUAUUCACAUGCAGAUGUUCCAAAUAUUAACAGUACUUGCUUUAAGCUGAAUUCUCUGCAGCUACAAGCUUUGUUGCAGAAUUAUCACUGUGCUCCGGAUGAACCACUCAUCCCAACAGAAUUGAUAGAGAAUGUAGUAACUGUUGCAGAAAAUACGGCUGAUGAACUUGCUCGCAGUGAUGGCCGAGAAGUCCAACUAGAAGAGGAUCCUGACUUACAGCUACCUUUUCUUUUACCAGAAGAUGGCUAUUCCUGCGACGUUGUCAGAAAUGUUCCAAGUGGUUUACAAGAAUUUUUAGAUCCACUCUGUCAGAGAGGUUUUUGUAGACUAACACCUCAUCCACGGUCACCAGGCACAUGGACAAUAUACUUUGAAGGUGCAGACUAUGAAAGUCACCUGUCACAUGAGAAUGCUGAACUAGCUCAGCCUUUGAGGAAAGAACCUGAAAUUAUCACUGUAACACUAAAAAAACAAAAUGGAAUGGGCCUGAGCAUUGUUGCUGCCAAGGGUGCUGGUCAAGACAAACUUGGAAUAUAUGUCAAGUCUGUUGUGAAAGGAGGUGCUGCAGAUGUGGAUGGUCGUCUGGCUGCAGGGGAUCAGUUGCUCAGUGUGGAUGGUCGAAGUUUGGUGGGCCUCUCCCAGGAAAGGGCAGCAGAACUUAUGACUAGGACAGGUUCUGUAGUAACACUAGAAGUAGCAAAACAAGGAGCAAUUUACCAUGGUCUGGCAACCCUGCUUAAUCAGCCAUCCCCAAUGAUGCAAAGAGUUUCUGACCGCCGUGGCUCAGGUAAACCUCGACCAAAGAGUGAAGGUUUUGAGCUGUAUAAUAACUCCACUCAAAAUGGGUCACCUGAGAGCCCUCAGCUGCCGUGGACAGAGUACAGUGAGCCAAAGAAGCUGCCGGGGGAUGAUAGAUUAAUGAAGAACAGAGCCGAUCAUCGCUCCAGUCCCAAUGUAGCAAAUCAGCCUCCAAGCCCCGGGGGAAAGAAUGCUUAUGCAUCUGGAACUACCACCAAAAUAACCUCAGUCUCUACUGGAAAUCUUUGUACAGAGGAACAGACUCUGCCCCCACGACCUGAAGCUUAUCCCAUCCCAACACAGACCUAUACUAGAGAAUAUUUCACAUUCCCAGCUUCAAAGUCCCAGGAUCGAAUGGGUCCGGCUCAAAGUCAGUGGCCAAAUUAUGAAGAAAAACCACAGAUCCAGGCAGAAAGUAAUCAUUCCAUCAAUACUACAAUGCAGCGCGUAGCUCGUUCCCAGGAAGAACUCAGAGAUAAAGUUUUCCAGCCAGAGAGGAAUCGUUUGGAAGUUGUUAUACGGAAGGAUGUAGAGUACAUCGAUCGGAAGUCAGACAGCGAUCAGUGGAUGAAUUCGUCUGUGGAUUCUAGCACAUCUAGCCAAGAACACCUGAACCAUUCAUCCAAACCGGUCUCGCCUGGUUCUUGUUUAACUAAAAGUGGACCUGGCCGUUGGAAAACUCCAGCUGCUAGCCAGCCGACUCCAGUGGCCAUUUCCCAGCCCAUCAGAACAGAUCUUCCUCCACCACCACCACCUCCUCCAGUGCAUUAUGCAGCUGAAUUUGAUGAACUACAAAUGGAAUUGCCUCUGCCUCCCCCCCCUCCUCCAAAUCAGAUAGGAGCACAAGCAUCCUCCCAGGUAGCUGCUGCUGAGCGUAAAAAAAGAGAAGAGCAUCAGAGGUGGUAUGAAAAGGAAAAGGCACGUUUGGAAGAAGAACGAGAAAGGAAACGUCGUGAGCAGGAGAGAAAACUGGGCCAAAUGCGUUCUCAGCCACUAAUUCCUACUCAGCCUGUGGUUCCUCCUGUUUCCCUUCAGCAAGUGAAAUCAGAAAAAUCUUCAACUUUGCAGAGGUCUCAAGAAACAGUCAUUCGAGAGUUGCAGCCCCAGCAGCAGCCUCGGACUAUUGAGCGGAGAGAUCUGCAGUACAUUACUAUCAGCAAGGAAGAACUGUCAUCUAGUGAUAGCCUCUCUCCAGAUCCCUGGAAACGGGAUGCCAAGGAGAAACUGGAGAAGCAGCAGCAGAUGCACAUUGUGGACAUGCUGAGUAAAGAGAUUCAGGAGCUUCAGAACAAGCCUGAUCGUACAGCGGAAGAAAAUGACCGCCUCCGCAAACUCAUGCUUGAGUGGCAGUUCCAAAAGCGACUCCAAGAAUCAAAGCAAAAGGAUGAAGAUGAUGAUGAAGAGGAGGAUGAUGAUGUGGAUACUAUGCUCAUCAUGCAGCGACUGGAGGCAGAAAGAAGAGCAAGGCAGACUGCUGUGCCAGCAAUCUCUGUUCUAGAUUUGUUACAGGAUGAAGAACGCAGACGGCAGCAACAGUUGGAAGAAAUGCGCAAACGGGAAGCGGAAGACAGGGCCAGGCAGGAGGAAGAGCGCCGACAGCAAGAGGAGGAGCGGACCAGAAGAGAGGCUGAAGAAAAGAGGCGACAGGAAGAGGAGUAUUACAGUCGCUUAGAGGCCGAAAGGCGCAGGCAGCACGAUGAAGCAGAACGAAGAUUACUGGAACCUGACGAGCCUGGUCUGUACAGACCUCCGCUUCCACGGGAAUAUGAACUCCCAUCCCCAACCCCUUCAUCUAACGCUCCUCCUCCCCCACCUCAGCGAAACACCUCUUACCUCAAAACACAGGUCCUCUCCCCUGACACGAUUUAUACUGCCAAGUUUGUUGCAUACAAUGAUGAUGAUGAUGAGGAGGAGGAUUCCAAUCUAGCAGGUCAGGAUAAGUACUCCAGCACAAGAAAAUCUUAUGGUGACUUUCCUCCUGCCACCCUUAAGCCACAGCAGCCCUCCCGCCAGCCUCGCCCAGUUUCAGAUGGCCUCUUUCUGUCCAACUCAUUCCAGUCAUCUCCAGUCAAUGCCAACAGUACUACUGUCAAAAAAAGCCAGCCCCUGCCCCCACCAAACAAACCGAGUUUCCUCCAUGCCAGCAGCUCUAAAGGAAUAAAUUCAUACACUGGAUCAGGAGCAGCUGUUGGGGCCCAUGAAGUUUAUCGGGAUCCAAGAGACAAAAGAUCUAAAAGUCAAGAUACAGAUUUACCUGGAGCACCAGAAAACUUGACAUUCAGGGAACGCCAACGACUUUUUUCACAGGGUCAGGAUGUAUCCAAUAAAGUAAAAGCUUCUAGGAAAUUAAUGGAACUGGAAAAUGAGUUGAACACAAAGUAAGAUUAAAGCACCUUAUCAGAUGUAACUGAAGAUCUCUAAAUUGAGGGAUUGAGAUGGGGGGCACACUACUAAUGAACAGAAAAUGAAUGUUUUCUGAAAGGAGUGACUUUGAUUCCUCUAUAUCUAAGACUGUUAAUUAAGAUUUAGAGAUGUUGCAAUAGCAAGAAAACUGAUUACUUUGCCAGGAGCUUGUGGUUUAUACAAUGAAAGCACUGUAAAAUUUUAAGAUAUGAAUCACGUGAAGGUAACUUUUUUUCUCUUUCUGUUUUGGGGGUUAAGUUCUUGUGCACCAGACCAAGUAGCACUUGUCAAAGAUAAGUUCUGUUUCCUGGUGUUUUACAGACACACUUUUGUUUUAGCUGCUGAGCAGAGAGAGUGAGAAUAGCUUGAACUGCCUAAACUGAACUGUGCACUAGAAAUUAGUAUUUUAGGUUGUUAAAGAAGUCAAUAUCUGGGCCACCUUAAAUAAGGCUUUAUAUGCAAGUUUGACAUACUGUAUGGUGUUCAUCCAAUGAUCAGCAUAUCAAUACAGAUCUUACCAUUACUUAGUACUGGAAUAACACACAUUCUGUAGGUAGAGCCUUGGGAUAAAAACAUUUCUAGUCCUAUGUAUUUGUUGGGUCUAAAAUGGUUGCGUAAGAAUUUAUCUGUAGUUAUGGAAAAGUCUGAAUGUCAAUGCAUCCCUACUACGUGUGCUUCAGACUUACAAAAAUGUGAAGAUAAAACCUUUGGAUAAUUGUUUUAUUAAAAAUUACGUAAGCAAUAGAUAGUAGGUUACACUAGUGGCCCUUCAUCGGUUAGGACCAAAAUGUUAGUACUGUGUUAAAGGUGAUUCAGUUCCAAGGUGAGCAGAACAGAUACGUAUGUUUUCUAAGGAAGGUAGAUUAGAAGUUAUUAGGCAAUUAGGCAAGGAACAGUAUUGAUAAGUCUGCUAUUAUCAAUUUAGCAAUAUCUUUUUCUUUUUUUUUUUUUCCUGUGGAGAAGUGAACUGGCAUAUUAGUGUGAAGCAUCAAAUCCAAUACCACUGGCUGGGAGUGAGAAAGUUAGUGAGUCGUUCACAGACUUGGUGCGCUGGCAACCAACCAUCUCUGCGCGUGCUGAGGAAGCAGCAGCGCUAGUGAGCUGCUCUUUAGUCUAGCUGGCUUUACUGACAUCCUGUUACUGUUGUACUGAAAAUCUUAUUGGCAGUUCAAGCUAUUUUUUCACACUGUAAUAGCCUUAUUUAAUUUUAAAUUGUUAAUCUUUUUUCCUCCCACUAUUUCUUCAGCUGUACAUAUGUGGCUGAUGAUGUUGGGAAUAAGGACCUCAUCAGAGUUUUUUUCUCAUUGUGUGAUGUUAAGACAAUAUAUAUUGUGAUUCCAAACAAAUUUUCUAUUUGACAAAGCCCUUUACUGGCUUUAGAUGAUUUUUUUUUCCUGUAUCAUAUUGUUCUCUUAUAAAUAUAUAUUUAGGGAAUUGUGCACACUUCCAAAUACAAAGGGGUAGACUUUCACUGCCUUAGGAAAGAAAUCACUUUUAAUAAGAGUUGUAUGAUAAAUAAAUGCAAGUUAAUGAAAAUCGGAGUGUAAAUAUUUUUUACGUAUUUCAGGUUUCUUAUUUGAAAGUGUGCUUUUACCGUUUCACCUGUUAAAUAUGAAGUAGAAGAUUAAACUGGUUCAAAGUGUUAAUGAAGGAUCUGCAUGCUUGCUAUGUCUGUUAAUCAGGAAAAGCAAGCCUCUCCCAAUUUAUCUUGAGAACACUAGCAGCCUUACAGUGACAAAUUUUUCUUAAGGAAAAAAACCUUAUGCUGUGGCUGAAUUACUGUUGCUGCUAGAAUCUGAAAAAGGCUUAGCAAAAAAUACCUAUAACCUUCAGUCGAGUGGAUUUGGCCGCUAUUGGGCAUUCGGGUCAAGUGUGAAUAUGUGUAAAAGUGCUUUUCAUAUUUGUCUGUGCAUUAUUAUGAAAAACAUCAAAACUGCUGUAGUUUCCCAUUUCUACUGUAUUUCACUUGCAACCUAUUUUUAAUAAAGUUUGUAUUGUAUU